AUGCAGGGCUCUUUCGCAGGAACCAACUACCAUGGUGGACAGGGAUCUUAUCCCUCAGGAGGCAGCCAAUAUGGUGGGCAGGGCUCAUAUUCUUCUGGAGGCAGACAGCAUGGUAAACCAGGUUCUUCUUCCUCAGGAGGCAGUCAUCAAGGAAAGCCAGGUGGCUCUGGCUCAGGAAGCACUUACUCUGGGAAACCGCAAUCACCUUACUCAGGCGGCAGUCAAGUGAGCUCUGCUGGGAAACACUCUACUCCCCAACUCCUGAUGUUAUUCAGUGUUUUGAGUGCCUUUGCUCUCUCUGCUGCUGUAUCAAAAUGGUCUAUAUGAACUUCGGAAGUGUUGACAUCCUAAACACGGAUUAUAAUCUGUAUUAUUAGGUUACUUAAUAUAAGAAAAAAAAUACCAUUAAGUCAAAUUGGCAGAUGUUACUUGGCUGUUAUAUUGCAUGUCUAGCUGGUAUGUCAUGCCCCU